CUUGCUUCUAUUCACAGCUUACCAUUUUUGUGCAUUUGUUAUCUAUGUAGGCUGUAGCAAUGCAAAGCAAGUAUGGAAAUGUGAGAUCCCCUCCAAGGUCACACUUCAUCAGCCCAGGAUUGCUUCGUCAACAACAUGUGAAAAGGUCCUAUCCAAACCCCAAUAUAGGCAUAGGAACAAACAAUGAGAGUUCGUCUAGAAAGCGAGCUAUGAAAGCUAUGGGCAAUGUUAACCAACCAAAAGUAGCAUAUGAUAAUUUAGAAGAUGAAUGUGUGAAUCUUGAAAGCAAAAAAUGGGGACUAAAGAUUAAUAGGGUCACUGGCGAGCCUAUGUAUGAUACAGAUGAUGAAAGUGAACAUGAUUCUGAAUAUGAAAAUGAGUACUCUGAAGAUGAAAACAUAGUGAAUAACAUGACAGCAGGGGAGAAGAACUUAUAUUUUCAAAAAAAAGAUUCCUGAAUAAGGAGAGACAUCCAAAGAAGUCAAAAUCCAUGAACCAGGAUGCUCCAACAAGCAGAAGGGAUUAUUUUGAAGAUAGGAGGGACUGUGCCAGAGCAUCUAAUGCUGAAGACUUAAUGAAUGCUACAAAAAAUGGUGUGCUUAAUUCACACGCCAGAAGGGAUGAUUAUGAAGAAGGGAGGGACAGUGCCAGGGCACCCAAUUCUGAAAACUAUGAGGAGGGGAGGGACUGUACCAGGGCAUCCAAUGCCGAAAACAUUGUGAAUGCUACAAAAAAAGCUGAUAGAACUGAAGAGAAGAGGGGCCGUGACAAAAACAAAUGUAAAAAACUUGCUAAACUAAAGCCUGGAGAAAAAAUUAAAGUAACGUUCUACAACAACCGUGCUCUUUGUACAACAUUCGCACGACACAUAGGUAGAAUCGUUCGUGAUCCUAGUAUUACCUCUGUGAGAGUAAAGAAGUGGACUGACAUUACUGAGACAUCUCUAAAACAUAUUUUUGCUGCAGUCAAGGACAAGUUUGAAAACAUGGAUGAAAACAUUGAAAUUGAUGUCUACAAAAAUGACAUCAUGGAGCAUGCUAGGGAUUUGUGGAACAAUUGGCGCGGUGACUUAAGUCGACACUAUGUCAAGCCGACAAAGAAUAUGCAGCAAGCCAUUAAGAAUUGUCCGAAUGAUUUUGCACAAGCUGAUUGGGAGUGGUUGGUCAAAGAGCAUUUUUGCAGUAAGGAAUUCAUUGCAAGUUAUCCUAUUACUGCAUAG